AUGGAGACUGACUCACUUCUGGAGCCAGACUCAAGUGGCUGAACCCACAGGAAGUCAGACACAGAAUGCGGUUGAUUUUCAAAAUAAAAGACGCUGUGCUGCCUCCUGAUCGUACAAACAGACACAAACAGUUCACAAAGCUCUGGUGGAGUGUGCAGCCAUGACUUCUUUCAUGCUUUCCUCUGCAUCUCUUUUUAUUUCUGUGGCUGCCACACCUGAAUCUUCUCUCUGGGGAUCAAUAACGGAUCAUCUCACCUCAUCAUCCGGCCUCAUUGACGGCCGCGGCGCUGACAUCGAUCUGUUUUCUGUCCCUCAGUGCUCGUACGUCCCUCCCUGUGAGAGGGACAACCAGAAGAACAAAGACAGCGUGUUGUGGUGGGAGGAUUACUUCACCAAAGAGGUCAGCAGCCAGUCCUUCACCUGCUUCUUCAACCAGCAGAGGAGGCCCAACGACGUGCUGUGGCGCCGCUCCCAUGACACCAGCGUCCUGCUGCACUGCGUCCUCUGGCCAAUGGUGUCGCUCCUUCUGGGCACGCUCAUUGUGCUCCUGACGGUGUGCGCCCGCUCGCUGGCCGUCCGAGCCGAGGCUCUCCAGAAGAGGAAAUGCUCUUACGAAGUGUGCCAGGACCUGUCCGCCUCCUCAGAUCGCCGUGGCAACAAGGCCAAAGACCCCCUGUCGACGAACUCUGACCCCGAGUUGCUGUCGCCAACGAGGACCCUACCGCUGUUCGCGGUGCCGGUGCGACGCCGCGAUCGGGAACAUUAAGGCGACACGGGAAGCUGUUUUUUUUUCCGCAUCGUGGAAUCCUUUUCGGAAGCUGGCGCGCCGGUGGGCGAAGUCGACUUGACUGGCUGAGGACGCCACCGACAUACGAUGAGACGAGGACCGCGUUAACCCACGAUGCCUACAGACUUCGUUUAACUCAACAAACUGGAUCAGCGGCGACUCUCCGAGUCGAACCGUCUGGUUCUAAUCAGGAUUUCUUCUUCUGUGCUCGAGUGGUUACGAGGACGAUUGCGCUGUGAUCGAUGGUACGCUGAGUUACGCGUCAGGACUUUGAACGUACGCACCGACACACUGGACCGCUCUUUCUAACUGUAGCUCUUCUGUUGAUGCAGUUUUCCCUCCGAGUCUCCCAGUAGCCAUAACUGUUCAUAACUAGAGCCAAAGUCGUCUUCGACAUCUCUUCAGGCCAGCUGCUGUUCCUCCAGCUUCAAUCAUCGAGGGAUGGACGAGCGUCAAACGAAGAUUCCCAAAACUAAACUUUCCAGUUUGAGUUUCUUAUCCAGCAACAGAUCGUUACAUCGUUUCAGCGCUCGUCUCUGCAGUCGUUUAACAUCAGCGCGGCAACUUUCCAGAAUCCAUGAAUCAGUCGGCCUUUUCCUCGAGGAAUCGACCAGUCGUUUGGUCCAUGGAGCCCGAUGUGACGAAAGAAUCGAGGACGUCUUCACGUUUAACGCUGAAUUAGAAGAAUUUGGACAUUUUUCUUGAAUUGAUUCUCAGAGUAGUUGGCCGUCAAAUAAUUGACCAAUCUCUGCAGCUUUAUUCAGUCCUGCAUUCAUAAUCCUACUUAAGUAAAAGUAUUAUCAACAAAAUGUACUUAAAUAUGUCACGUGACAUUAUUAUUAUUAGUAAAGCACAUCAUAUUAUGUAUGGUACAAAGGUCCUCGACCCCGGGACGCCGUGCCCACAUGAUACACGUCCAAACCACUGGGCCACCGUGACAGCCGUGUCUGAAACCAGCUGAGGCUCCACUGGCCUCAUUCUGUCGAGCCGGUUACCAGCAAAGAGGAAAAUCCGUACAGGAAACGUGUCUGCUGAAGACUUUACCUCCAAUCAGCUGAUCAAAUAAAUCAAAUCUUCAAUUCUUUCACUUUAUUUCAGAUAUACUGCAUGUAAACAAGAAGAAAAUUAACAAAUAAAUCGUUAAACGGAGGAUUUACAUUUUUAAAAUCAGAUUGAUUGGAGGUAAAUUUAAAUAAUUCAUUUAUUUGAAUCACUGAGUGGCUCCAACUGGGAAAACUUCCUUCGAGACCAGGUCCGUCCCUGUAUUCUGGUGUGGACGUGCCAAAAAUGUCGCGUUACCAAGUAUUAUCAAGUACUGAUGCGUCUGACGGCUGGAUCAUCAAUAACUGACGUCAAACAACAACCAAAUUUUAGCCAGAUUACAAAGCGAGUCAGUUCAGAGAUAAUGAAUCAGACUAAUUAAUGAGAUAAUGAGAUGAUGCUCUAUCAUUAACGACUGAAUGUUAAACACCGGGGACGAGGACAUAAAAACACGACACAUGGUCGGUGUCCAGAGGUCUUCAGCAGUAAUGAGGACAAAAUGUAGACCAUGUGACUGAAGCAGGACGCGUUGACCCCGUUCAGUCACUUCAGAGCGACGUCCAAGCUGAACUGUAAAUACAUCCGAGAAAUGUUCCAGGACCCGAACGAGACUGAGGGUUGAAACCAUCCACAGCUGAACUGCUGCUGUUGUUUUGUUGGUGGUUGAUCUCAACGUGAUCCGAGAAGCCCAGCUCGCCGUCUCUCAGACGUUUAUUCCACCAAGCUCUCGCCAGCGACUAAAAGUCAGUCCCUUUGUCUUCUUAGCGUCCUCUUCGCUCUCUUCUCCUCUGCCAUUAUCUGCGUAUGGGCCCGGUUACAUUGCACACUCGGCCAGCUCCUGUUCUGACACAACACUGUUCCACGCCCCCGGGGCCACUUUACUUUAGCACCACUGAUUGGGUGGUAGUCACUGCAUCCGUUGGUUGGAGAAAGGCGGAUGGAAACCAGCAAACAGCAGCAGGUGGUGGAGAUGUCGUCAUAAAUGUAACUUCUCCAUGUAGAUUUAUUCGUGAUGAAGCUGCAUGUGAGACGUGGUCGUGCUGGACCAUCACGCAGUAUUCUGAGAUGAUUAAGAGGAGUUUGGCCGAUACUUCUCCUCGUUUGGACAAACUUGUUUCUUGACACGAGGGAAGUUUGAGCCACGCAGCAGAGUUAACAAUAGAUCUGCUAUCAAACAUGAUUCAUCCUGUAUCAGAGGGAGUUUUUGAUCUUCAAGCGUCGUCUCCAAAAAUUUUCUACCAACAGUCUAAAAAUUACCUACGUGUUGCUUAGCAACAAACACGAGGCCGAGUGAUGCCGCUGCCAAUGCAAAGCCGAGCAGAUGAACUUCUUCCCCGAGCUGCUCGUGUUCUCUGUGAACUCACUGUCGUCGUAGAAACGUCUCCUCCUCCUCAGGUUCAGCCGCGUCUUGUGGCGAGCGUUGCCGUGGAUCACGUCGUGGAAGAAGUUUGUCGUGUGUGUGUCAGAUCUGUGUUGUGUAUUUGUGGUUUGGUGUUUGACCCGAGCUCAUAGACGAAACAUCACACACGUUUUUUUACACACAGCGCUGCAGCUACACAAAACAUCGAGCGAGGUCAUCAACGUCGCUCACUCUCUCCUUUUCUCUUCUUAGCUUCAGCGUCCUCUUCACUUUUCUCCUCUGCCAUUAUGUCCAUAGAA